CGGUCUUGUAUCUUCCGUCGUCGAGCCCGAGGACGAGGCUGCGAGUUUCGAGCUCGGUUCAACGGAGUGACGCUUGGUGAAGUGCAAAUUCAGCCUCGGGUUUCUGUCUGGAGAAGCAGAAGCUAUCGUCUAUCUUAUCGACCUUUCUCUGCCUUGUCUCUCAGGCUCAGACAGACGGACAGACCAGCGGAAUUGCUCUCUGGAUGCAGGCACCACGACUGGCCAUUUGUCCGUUUGUCUGACGCGGUACGGAGUACCUCUGGUAGGACACUUACUCUUCGCUCAACUUUUUUUUUUGUACAUCUACCAUUCUAGCUAGCGGUAGAAUGUUUCUAGAGACUUGCUGGCUGGCGCUGUUGAUUUAACGGGUUUUGUCCCUUUUCUCCUUAUCGUCGCGACCUUUAUCGAUCUUUAGAAACGGCUCACAGUCAUGCCGUCCCCGAAACCUCCAUUCGAGCUCAAAGACCACUGUUCCCUUAUACACCAAAAUGUUCUCUAUGUCUACUCACCAGCUGGCUUUAUGUCACUCGCCCUGGAACCAAAUGCGAAGUGGAGCAAGCUAGAAAUGGGCAGAUCUGUGACCGGAGCAUCUUGCUUUAAAGGUCCGACUGAUGGAGACAGGAAUAACCCAGCCUUUUACGUUGUCGGCGGUACUGGUGGUCCGGAUGACUAUCUCGGCAUUCAAAGCUACUCGUUUUUAGACAAGAAAUGGAAAUUCCCGCCCCUAGAUGGGAGCAAUAUGAAAAACAGACUCGACCACGAUGCAGUCUUCAUCGAAUCUCAAUCGUCCAUCCUCGUUUUCGCCGGAUCUACGAAUGGGAAUCCUACCCCAUCAACGGAAACAGUAGUAAUCUCGGGUGGAAACAGUGAAGAACCCAUUGUCAUCUUUAAUCAGGAUGAUAAUGCUUGGUUGGAUAUCAAGGAUUUCUUUUCUGUCUCUACCACCUCUUCAGCCUCUUCCUCAACGAUGACUUCCUCUUCCAUGACCGUCAUUAGCAGCACAUCAACACCCACGAUUACGUCUGCGCCCACAUUCACACCAUAUCCAACCGAAACAGAAACUUCCUCUACCUCCAGUGACCGAGUUGACGACGUUGUUCCUCCAGAUGGUCGUACCUUAACCAUAAUUGGUGCCACCCUAGGUACUCUCUUAGGUAUCGGGGCCAUAAUCAUAAUCAUCCUACUUGUCCUUGCAUGGAGGCGGCGGACCAGCUUAUACUGCCAACACGCUAAGGAAAAGCACAUGAAUUCAGACGAUAAGGAUAGGUUCAGCUUCCAGGACGCUGGUGUGGAACCUCUUACACGAUCAAUACAACCGAUUGCAAGAGGUCCCGUUCCUUCAACCGAUUCCUGGGCAUAUGUCGCCGGUCAAGUCGACGAUUAUUCCCGGCCAUCCUUAAACCCACAACCGCCGGCGCCGCCGCCAACCAGGGGUAUGCCUAUAUCCGAGAAAAGCCCAAGCCCGCUUCGGGCUAUGGAAGCGGCUCAAGAGGAACGGCCUGAUAGUGAUGUUUAUCCUCCAGUUUCAAAUAAUAGACCUGUAUUUGGGGCAGUUGUUGAUCAUAGGCAAAGUGAGGCUGACGAUAGGCUGACGGAUGAAGGUUGGAGCAAGUACUUCCAGCGUGACAAGGACAAUGGAUCGAUAAAGUCCCGUGCCUCCUCUGUUGACUCCAAAUACUCCAAGUCAGAUUACAAGUCAGACUACCAAUCAGACUACAGGGGCAGCGGAUGGCCUCACGUAUCCGCUGAAGUGCCACCCCUAAGAUUUGAUGGACCACACCCCCUUGGAAUGGUCGCAAGCGGUAGUCCUAGCACUGAAACCCCUCCCAAGUGGCCAUUCACGCAGCUUCAAGGUAUGGCUGCCAAGAUAUCCAGUGCAGACUCGAUUAGCAUCAACUCAGACGACUUCUAUGAUGACCGAAGAGACACGGGGAGGGACACUCUAAGAGACACAAAGAGUGAUGCCUUUUCAACAGGUGCGCCUAGCAGCACCCAUGACGUGGACCGCUGGGGCAGGGUUUCGAGAGAGCCUCGGGUGCCCAGUAGUAACUACUCGAACAGUGUAUACUACGAUAACCCGGGCCCUCCACAUACUGGGGGUCCGGACCGAUAUCUGAAUCCAAUGCAUCCUGAAAGUCGUGCUCCCUCCUCAUAUUACGGGCGUAAUACCCGUUCAGCGAGCAGGGGAAUACUUAGCUCAGAUCUCAGCUGGCUCAACAUUGGAAGCAACAGAUAA